GCAAAAAUAUCAUUCUUCAUUCCUUUCACGAUUUCCACCCCAUGGCUGGUAAAAUUCAAGGGAAUGUCUCUUUCAAAUCCGUUGAAAUGUAAAUCAAAAAGUUGCUUCUUUUGUGGUGUCAAUUAUCAGGAUGAAAACAAAAGAAUUGGUAUUUUUGGUGUACCAAAGAAAAAGUUUUCUAUUUGGCAAUUAAUCAUUCCAGAGCUGAAGAAAACAUCGUACCUGUGUGAAAAGCAUUUUGAUCAGUCAGAUGUUUUAAAAGGAUUUACAGAUGGCACAGUGUAUCAUCCCUAUGAAAGAUGGAGAUUAAGUAUUUCUGCCUUUCCUAAACAUUUCUUGGGUAUAAAUGAAGCUUCUUCCAAAGCAGUCAAACGUACUCCUCUGAAACAACUGUUUUCAGUCAACACACAACAGAAGAAACGUGAUGGCAUACAAGCAAAAAUUUCUAGUGUUCAUUCUACGUCCAACAAUCACCAAAACCUACCAUCACCUCUGGGUAAUGGAGCAAACAGACACAAAUCAUUAAGAAGAACUGUUGGUACCGAGAAUACACCACCUAACCAACAUAACAAAAAAUUGAAACUUAUAAGCCACCAAGCACCUAGUCGUGUUUCUAAAAGCAAUACUCCAUUUCAAUCGGUUGCUUUACCCACCCUACAACAUCCAGAAACAGAAAUCAUUGGUGGUAGUGAGCUAAUGGAGACCGAUGAGCCUUUUAAUUUGCCAAUUGAUACUGUAACCACAGUAGAAGAAGACACUGUCAGUUGUGAUACUACUACUACAUCUAAAUCGGUUGAUUCACCCACCCUACAACAUCCAGAAACAGAAAUCAUUGGUGGUAGUGAGCUAAUGGAGACUGGUGAGCAUUUUAAUCUGCCAAUUGAGGCUGAAACCACAGUAGAAGAAGAAACUGUCAGUUGUGAUACUAGUACUACAUCUAAAUCGGUUGCUCUACCGCCACAACAAGAUCCAGAAACAGUAAUAAUUGCUGGCAGGGAUCUAAUGGAGACUGGUGAGAAUUUAAAUUUGCCCAUUGACAUUUUAACCACAUUAGAAGAAGAAGAUUCUGUCAGUAGUGAUAGUACUAGUACUACUUCUCCUCCACAUCAAUAUCGUGAUUCACAACUCAAUGGUGACAGUGAUCAUACAGAAACGGUUGAGUCUUUUGAGUUGUUCAAUGACAGAGAAACCACAGUAGAAGAAGACACUGCUAGUUGUGAAACUACUACUGCAUUUGAAUCGGUUGCUUCACCAACCCUACAACAUCCAGAAACAGAAAUCAUUGGUGGCAUUGAUCUGAUGGAGACUGGUGAGCCUUUUAAGUUUCUCAUUGAGACUGAAACCACACGAGACACUGCUAGUUGUAAUAGGCCUACUACUACUCCAUUUCAAUUGGUUGCUUCACCGCCACAACAAGAUCCAGAAACAGAAAUAAUUACCUACAAAACAACAAACCUUCAAGCUGUCCAAGCAUUAUUCGUUAGUCUUCCUGUUCCUCAUUCCAAUGAAUUGUUGUCUCUACCACCAGAAGCCACAGAAACUACUCACAGCUCAGAUGUAACUACAGCAAAUGAAACUACGGAUGCAGAAAUAGUUGUUGCCCCAACUGUCAGGGGGAAAAAGCCAAAAAGAGUUUAUCGAAUAAAGGCACCAACUUACUGCAAAUGCCAUAAAGAAAUAAAGGGGAAGUGUGCACCAUGUCAGAUAAGGGAACUAAAGAUGCUUGUACAGGAAAAGGACAAACAACUGAAGAUUGUGAGGAGUUAUCAAGUUAAAGCGACAGUUGACUUAGCAAAACUAAAAUGUAAAUUGAAGGAAAAGGACAAAAAACUGAAUACGUCAUCGAAACAAUUGGCGAGAAUGCGUCAGUAUGCGGUGGAUUGCGUAGAAACCAUCUCUAAGCUAAAGGAUGACGUUGCAACCCUUACCAAAAAUCAACUGGACGAGAAAAUUAAGCAUCUAACUCACGGAAUGAAACAUUUUUAAUUUUCUACUUUGGAACUUACGGAAAUAUGGAAAAGCUACAAAAUGAUAAAAUUUUAUUUUAAUUUUCAUAAUGACUUAUUGACUUCAUAAUAACUUUCUAAUAUUUGACUUUUAUCCUUUGAAAUGUAUCGAC